AUGAGCAGCAAACCACUUCUUGUGAAUGUGGAAAACUGGAUUGCAGAGAACGAGAAUGCUUUUCUGCCACCUGUGUGCAACAAGCUCAUGCACUUUUCCCAGUUGGUUAUCAUGUUUGUUGGAGGUCCAAAUACCAGGAAGGAUUAUCACAUAGAGGAAGGGGAGGAGCUGUUCUACCAGGUGAAGGGGGACAUGUGUCUGAAGGUGAUAGAAAAUGGGAAACACAAGGAUGUGCACAUCAAGGAGGGAGAGAUGUUUCUGCUUCCAGCUCGGAUCCCCCACUCCCCCCAGAGACAGGCCAACACUGUGGGACUGGUGGUGGAGAGGAGACGGCUGCUGACUGAGACUGACUGCCUGAGGUACUAUGUGGACAAUACCACUGACACCCUGUUCGAGAAAUGGUUCUACUGUCAGGACCUGGGAACCCAACUGGUGCCAAUAAUCAAAGAGUACAUGGCGUCAAAACAGGGCAAAUCAGGAAAGCCUGAUCCAAAUGAAGUCUUCAGAGAACCUCCGUUCCAGAUGAACAUCAUGAACGUAAUGUCCCCCUUCUGCUUCAAAGACUGGCUGAACAAACAGAGGCCGUCCCUGCGCAGCGACAGGCCCAUCGACAUGUUCGGAGCUCAGUUUGAGACCGAGACAAUGGUGUUUGGACCUGGGCGGACAGACUCCUCAGUGCGACAAAGUGACGUGUGGAUUUGGCAGCUGGAGGGAUCCUCAAGAGUUACUGUGAACGAGCAGGAGUUCAAUCUUUCUGCAGGAGACAGUUUACUCGUCCCUGAGCAGAGCCAGUACCAGUGGCAGAGAGAAGAGGGGACUGUUGCCCUGUUUGUGGUCCAAAACCCUGAGCGGAAGACAUCCUGA